UCUCAAUCGUCGAGAAACUUUGGCAGCGUGAGGACUCAGUAGACGCCGUGGUGGCCAACGAACAACACAACUCUGAGUGUGUGCGCCUGUGUGUGUGGGUCAGCGGCAAUGUGCAAAAAUAAAAAAGCUAUAUAUAUUUUAAAUUCAAUAUAGAAAUCCGAAAACAUACAAACGUACAGAGCGGACCGAGCCGAAAGCCAAAAGCUUGCAGCGGAAAUACUCAAAGGCAAAGUGGAAGUAAAAAGUAUCUGUGAGUUUGUGUGCGCGACUGCAUUGGUGUGCGGUUGCUAGAAAGUGUGGCCAAAAGUGACAUCACACUCCGGCAGAGUCGCCUUUUGGGGAAGCAUCGUCGCAGUUCGCAGUUCGCAUUUCGCAUUUAUCAGGAGCACGGGUACGAGCUCGAAUACACGUACGAGUGAAGGAACAGAGCCAGCGCAGCCAGCCGUUUCGCGGAAAGUACGAGAAGCCGCACGCGUCGUCGCUCAAGGUGAGCCGCGAAGUCUCCCCAUCACCGUCACCCGUCUCCUUGCCUCUUCCGACCCCUCGUGCCCACCGUCGACCGACGCGUCCCGUCCAAAAACUAAUCUCUACAACUCGUGCGACAAGUAGCCGACGUCGAGAAGUCAGAGCCAAAUAUCAACAAAAGGAAAUUUUGAAAUUAUCGCUACGCAGCGAGACGCGUCGGCAGAGAGACGGAUUCGAUAGCGGUAACGGUAACGGUUACGUGUUCGGCAAGGGUAGCGGGUCAUUGGCUGGGAAAACGCCUUCGGAGGUGCUAUGAAGCCAACUGUGGCUGCCAACCAGGCCCAUGAGAACGCCGGUCCCGGCGGAAAUGGAGCUCCAGUCGGAGGUGCUGGGUCCGGAAUCAACAUACCCAUUAGCCGGGAGUUCGUGAGCGGUGGCUACGGAUCGCCACAAAGGCACCAGCCGGCUCCUCAACAGCCACAAUUCCACGGCACCCAGCCGGCCUGCGGAUCUCCAAGGCAGCAGUUCCAGCCCCACCAGCAGAUGCCCCCCAACCAGCACUUUCAGUCAACCUUUGGAUUUGAACCGGACAUGGACAUGGACAUGGAUAACAUGUUCCCACGCUCUCGCCUGGGCAGGAUGCACGACCCCUUUGCUGGCUUUGGGGACUCACAUUUUGGGUUCCCCCAGUUCUCGACAAUGGGACGACGGGGCCGCAUGCAAGGCGGCGCCAAUAACCAUAUGGAGCACGACGACGAUUUCUUCAACCGGCUGCCGUCGGAGUUUCGCCAAUACAUCCCCGACGGUUUCGGAGGAAGGCGCGGUCCAGCCGGAGCAGCGGCAAACGUAUCCGGGCAAACUCCCCCCCAGCAGCAGCAUCCUCAGCAGUAUCCGCCGCAGCAAUACCAGUACGUGCCGCCGCAACAGCAGCAGCAUCCACAGCAGCAAUACCAAUAUGCACCGGCACAACAACAUCAGCCAGUCUAUGCAGCUGCACCGCAGCAACAGGUGCCGCAGUCGCCCUCUAAGAACCUUUGUGACGCUGCAAUCCAGACUGAGGAUCCGGCCGGCCGCUCUGAGGUGGACUGCGCCCCACCGUCUACCCUCAACCAACACGGUCUUCGUAACACUGUAGACAUGGGAGUGAAAAGCGUCGCUGAGCAGGACCAGGGAGCGCGCAGUCACUCCGCUCCCCCGCCAGAGCAGCUUCAUCAGAAUCUUUUGCACCAGCAGCAACAGCAGCGCAACGCUGCUCCGUCCGCAGGGCAGCAGCAACAGUUUGGCACUCAGACCAGUCCGCCUGUCCAGGGACAGUACCAUGCCCAGCAGCAGCCGCAGUUCAAAACAUACUACGCGCCGCAGCAGCAAACGAAUCCACAGCAACGGCAGCAGAGUCCGGCGCCUGCUCCGCAGACGCCCGGCGGCAGUUACAUACGGACUAUUCCCAUCUUUGUGGAAGGUCGAUCCGAGCCCAUUAUCAAUGCUCACAAGGAGAUUCCCAACCAGAGUGCACCGUCCAGUGGCCAGGCCCAUGCACAGUCAGAAACGCAGCCCAGUUUCGCGCCUCAGCAGCAUAGACCCACGCCACUCAAUACUCAGUCGCAGCAGCCGCAUCCAGAUCAGCAGGUGCCCGUGGAGGGCUCCGCAGCCGCAGGCCUACCCCCGCAGACCCCGCACACACUCGACUCGAUCAACAAAAUUCAGGACAUUCAGCGCGAUGUGCUCGAGCUGAUGGGCAAGGUGGAGCAGUUCAAAGGCACGCGCCAGGACAAGGAGUAUGUCUACCUGGACGAGAUGCUGACCCGCAAUCUUCUCAAGCUAGAUACCAUCGACACGAACGGCAAGGAUAGCAUUCGCCUAGCUCGAAAAGAAGCCAUAAAAUGCAUUCAGGCUUCAAUUAAUGUGCUGGAGGCAAAAGCCGAGGAAAACGCCAGGGCAGCUUCAGGAGCAGCAGCUGCAGAACCCAGCGCAGCCGAGACGGUGUCUUCGGAUGCAGCUGCUGCGCCAGAGGCCGCCGAACAGACCGUGGAUCCGGUCACGCCACAGGAUGCUACGAAAAUCCAGGAGCCCAUCCCAUUGCCAGCCCCACCCAACGCCGGACAAGCAGAAGGGGCUACCGCUCCCGAGGCCUCCGGGGAGCCUCUCGCAUCUCCAGCUGCUGCUGUCGAGGUGAAUGAUACCACUGAGCAGACUAAAACAGCCACUUUGACAUCCGAAUGAUGAACCUAUCGCCACUACAGGGCGACAGUUUCAAAGCAGCUACGUAAAUUAACCAAAUUUAAGUGAUUAGAACAGGAAGGAACAAUGGAGAGACGAAUGGGAGAGCGCCCCUUGACGACUUGGUAACAGCGGAAGACAUGUCCACAUUGAAUUGAAUGUGAACGUGAAUCGGAGGUGCAUGUAAUGUGAAUAUAGAACUUGCGACAUAGCUUUCUCAGUAGAAGAAAAACCCACGACUACAUAAGCAUGAAAAUCUCUUGUGGCAGCACACCUUACAUUAAACACACAACAUACACCCACCAUUUAGUUAGGCUAGUAAGGAAAUUGAAAUUGAUAUUGAGAGUGCCUGCAUCGAAUUACGAAGUUAACAGUCAAAAUAUUUUGCAACGAGGUACGGUGUUACCCCAGUUGCUUCGAACUUGAAAGAGCUGAUAAUAUUUAAGAAAUGACCACCAUGGUUAGAAGCUGCAAUGUGGCAGCCGGCAGUCGAGGUCGAAAGGCGUUCGGUGACAAGCCGUUGUGUGAUCUCAUGCAAAUCUACAGAAAAUACGCCUGCUGGACCCUGACCCUCGACCCAAUCAGCACCUCCAUUCACCCUGAGAACACCGCUCACGGCUUUGCUGCAGCAAAUUGUUAAACAAAGGUAAACACGUAUAAAAAAGAACUAUUGUAACUAUUUAUGCUACUAAUUAAUGCAAAAAUAAAUGUAGAUAUUGUUGACCAUAA